AUGACGACUCAAGAUAUGACGACCCCACCUUCCUGGUGUGGCAUUUGUUCAUUGGAUUUGCAGAGCGGCAAGGCCCUCAGUGAACAUCAAAAAGGGCAAAAGCAUCGGAAACGAGCCUAUCGAGCUGGUUUGGGACCCUGUCCUGCCAGUAUGGAUUUCACACCCACUGUCUUGGAGGAAGAUGAAUUCUUCGAAAAGCUUGCGAGCGGCGCCUACAAAAACAUUGUAGUUUUGACCGGUGCCGGCGUCAGCACAGCAGCCGGCAUUCCUGAUUACAGAUCAAGCGGAGGCUUCUUUGAAACCUUCAAGAAAAAGUAUUCGGGUCGCUUUCCAGGGGUGGAAGCGACGCCGGAAACCCUCUUUUCGAGGUCGUUUGUGAGAAAAUAUCCAGACGUAUGGGAAAACGAAUUGCUGCCUCAAAAGCAAGCUCAAUUCGAAGGCCUGGUGCCUACGUUGACGCACCAAUUUGUGUCCCACUUGGCCCAUAAAGGAUGGCUGAAGAGGGUUUACACACAAAACAUUGACGGGUUACAUUCACAUCCCUGCCUGGGAAUUCCGGAAGACAAAGUUGUCGAGUGCCAUGGAUCGAUUCGGAGGGGAGAUUUGGUCUUGUAUGAAGAUCCUCUUCCGCAACGCUUCUCGGACAUGGCCGCCAAAGAUUUCAGCCCAGCUGGAUGGGACCGGGAACGUGUUGAUUUGAUUAUUGUGAUGGGGACGUCCUUACAGGUUGCUCCCUUCUGUGCCCUUCCAAAUAUGGCCCCGAAGGGCUCCGCGCGCGUAUUGGUAAAUCGGAACUUGACGCACUGCAUCACCAAUCCCUUCUCCGCUCAGAGCUGGACCGAAAUCGGGUACUCAACCAGCGUGGCAAUGAAGAUCGGUGGCCGUCAGAACGUGCCGUUGGCUUCCCUCUGGAUGAACCGCGACAAGAUACGAAAGAAGAAGUGGCAACAGCUUUUGGUGGAAGACGACUGUGAUGAUUUUGUUGGAAGGUACAUGGACAAGACAAAUACCCAAUUCUAG